AUGGCGUACAAGGCAUGGAUCGAGAAUACAAACCUGCGGGUCGCGCAGAGUCCUGUGGGGAGAUGGUUCAGACUUGAGAACUCGGGCCAUCCGAUGGAGCGCAAGGGUAGCUUCUUCUUCACAGAGCUACGCGCCGGCCUGGCCACCUUUUUUGCCAUGGCGUAUAUCAUCUCGGUCAACAGUAACAUCACCUCUGACACCGGUGGCACGUGUGUUUGUCCGCCGGAGAGCCAGGCCGACAACUGCAAGACCAAUACCGAGUACCUGAUGUGCGUGCAGGAGAUCAAGCGAGAUAUCGUCACUGCGACUGCUGCUAUCGCUGCUUUGUCUACCUUUUGUAUGGGUCUUUUCGCCAAUUUGCCCAUCGCCCUCGCCCCGGGUAUGGGAUUGAACGCAUACUUUGCAUACACUGUCGUCGGUAAAAAUGGAUCGGGACUGGUCCCGUAUGAGGUUGCUUUGACUGCCGUUUUCGUGGAGGGCUGGGUUUUCUUUGGGUUGACAUUGAUUGGCAUGCGACAAUGGUUGGCGCGCGCUAUUCCCGCUUCCAUCAAACUGGCCACCGGUGUCGGAAUCGGGUUGUAUCUCGCUCUCAUCGGAUUGACGUAUAGCGCUGGUAUCGGGUUGGUACAAGGUGGCAUGGACACUCCGAUCGAGCUUGCUGGUUGUGCGCCCCAAUACUUCGAUUCCGAGACCGGCUUGUGUAUCAGCAGUGAGAAGAUGCGCAGUGCAACCAUGUGGGUUAGUAUCUUCUGUGGUGGUGUGCUCACAGCGCUAUUGAUGAUGUAUCGCGUCAAGGGUGCGGUGAUUAUUGGUAUUCUGCUGGUCUCAAUUAUUUCCUGGCCGCGGACUACGCCCGUGACCUAUUUCCCCUAUACGGACCUGGGAAAUAGCAUGUUCGAUUUCUUCAAACAGGUUGUCACCUUCCACCCCAUCAAGCACACUCUGGCCGUUCAGAAGUGGAACAUUUCGGGCCACGGCGGUCAGUUUGGAUUGGCCUUCAUCACGUUCCUGUACGUCGACAUUUUGGAUACUACGGGUACCAUGUACUCCAUGGCCCGGUUCGCCGGUGCAAUUGAUGAAAAGACUCAAGACUUUGAAGGAAGUGCCAUCGCCUAUAUGGUCGACGCAAUUUCCAUCUCGAUCGGAUCCCUCCUUGGCACCCCCCCAGUAACAGCCUUCGUUGAAUCUGGCGCCGGAAUCUCGGAGGGCGGCAAGACUGGCUUGACAUCCUGCAUGACAGGCAUCGCCUUUUUCAUCUCCGUAUUCUUCGCACCGAUUUUCGCCUCAAUCCCCACCUGGGCCACGGGCUGCACGCUUGUUAUUGUUGGCGCUUUGAUGGCCAAGGCCGCAGCGGACAUCAAUUGGCGCUAUCCCGGUGACGCGAUCCCAGCCUUCCUGACUAUUGCCAUCAUGCCGUUUACCUACAGCAUCGCGUAUGGUCUCAUCGCUGGUAUCUGCAGCUACAUCUGCCUCAACUCGAUUGCGUGGAUCCUCGAGAAGAUCAGCGGUGGUCGCAUCGUCCCUCCGAAUAAGGACGAGUCAGAUCCUUGGUCGUGGAAGCUUCCUGGCGGCUUCUUUCCCCCUUGGGUGAAGCGGGCUGCGAGUGGACAGAAGGACUUCUGGCGGCGAGAUGAGGAGAAGGCGGCGUCAGAGGGGAUGGGGUCCGUUUCGUCGUAUCAGCAAGAACGGGUCGCGGUUGAGAAGAGUCAAGAGUUUUCUCAUUGA